CAUCACGCUCGGAUGCGGUCCCGGUUCCGUAGUCACCAACCGCGGAUGCGGCUUGCCUCACUCGUCGCUAACGUCUUGGAAGGGCGUGCACGUGGGGUCCCAAGACGACAUCUUGUCCAACAUCCAAAACUUUGCACAUGAACAACAUCAAUCGACAUGGCAGACUCCAGUGAUUACCAGGCUUCAGAGCUUGACCGCAUACCGACAGUAUGGCUCCUGACCGGCCUCGUUGUCUUCCCGUACUUGGUCUACCAGUUGCUCGGCUUCCUUAGCCCGCUGAUCCACAACCUGACCGCCAUGCGCAUAUCCGAGAUUUACGUCUAUCCGAUCAAGUCUCUUCGUGCAGUACCCCUCAAAGAAGCAGUCGCUACCAAAUAUGGCUUCGACCACGAUCGGACAUUUAUGCUGCUCAAGAAGAAAGACGACGGCUCAUGGCAAAACAUGACCAUUGGCCACUUCUCGGACAUGACGCAGUUUGUGCAGGAAUUCGAAAACUAUGGCACAAACGACGCCACCAUCAAGGUCACCUACCGCGCGUAUGGUGAAACGGAUCAGUCCAAAUCCAUCCGCGUCCCACUUGUGCCUGACACCGAGAAGCUCGAGUCUUUCCACGUGAACAUGCACGGCAGUCCCACUGAUGCGUUCCACAUGGGCGAGAAGUACAGCCAAUGGUUUACUGAAUGCUUCGGAUAUGACGUUGUCCUCGUCUACAUUGGCGCGGAGAACAAGCGUCCCGUCAUAUUCGAAGACAUGCAACCCAUCACUCCCGACCCCUUGACGUCUUUCUUCAAGAAGAACAUUCCCUUCCUCGGCCGCAAGAUCGAGAGGCUGAUGGGCAUCCGCCAGACCGAGCAAUGGCGCAUCAAAUUCCAGGACUGUGCCCCCUUCCUCAUCACAUCCAAGACCUCUCUCGACGACGUCUCCGCGCGUCUCGACGGCGAGAAGAUGGACAUGGUCAAGUUCCGCCCUAACAUCGUCAUCGAGGGCGCCCACGAGCCCUGGCAGGAGGACUACUGGGGCAAGAUCACCAUCAACCAGAAAACGGAGAUGAUCAUGGCGCACAACUGCGUGCGCUGCCAGAGCAUCAACCUCGACUACAACACGGGCAAGCCCGGCGUCGGGCCCAGUGGAGAGGUGCUCAAGCGGCUGCAGAAGGACCGGCGGAUUGAUAUCGGGGCAAAGUGGAGUCCGGUGUUCGGGCGGUACACGUUCUGGGGCCUGGACGCGCCGAAGAGCCAGCUCAUCAAGGUCGGAGACAAAGUCAACGUGACCAAGGUCAACGAGGGACUGACGAUCUGGAGCUGGCCCGGUCUGGCUUAACAACGGCCCACAAACCCACACUGUCGUUACGCAAUCCAUAGACUCAAAAG